UCACACAUGGGCGGGACUUGGGGGACGGGAGGGGCCCCCUAAUAGAAUACAAAUAUCACACUUGGAGACAAUACAAGUCUGCAAUCUACAGACCAGGACCAUCAGAAGCCAGAAGGAGACGACUUUAUUAGGUCAAGUCAGCAGAGUUGAGACCAAGGCAAAGAAGAAAUAUCAUGAGCGUAUCUGGAGUGGCUUUACUUGUGGUGCUGCUUCUAAGUGUUGAAGCUCAGCUCUCCAACGCCCAGCACUGGUCCCAUGGUUGGUACCCUGGAGGCAAGCGGGACCUGGACUCUUUCAGCAUGUCAGAGAUGUCAGAGGAGAUGAAACUAUGCGAGGCAGGGGACUGCAGCUACGUCAGACCCCAGAGGAGGGGGCUUCUAAAAGCCAUUCUUUUGGACAUCUUAUCCAGGGAACUUCAGAAGAAAAAGUAACCUCUUUGAAGGACACAACUCCCCUCUUCAGGCUAUUUCCUUUGUAUUACUUUUUUUUCUUUGUUUUACUUUAAAUGACUUUUUGUUGAUGCUUCCAUGCGGGCUGUGACAUGUUGUUGUUAUUGUGUGUUGUUGUGUUUGAAAUACGGCCCAAAAUAAAACAAUUAUUUUGAUAUGAUUUUUUUCUCUUCAGUUUGUUGCUGCUACUUGAAAGAUUAAUAAGCAAAUCAUAUACAAACCCCGUUUCCAUAUGAGUUGGGAAAUGGUGU